CGUCAAAGAUGUCAGCUGUAUUAAAGAAACCAGUUGAGGUUGUAGUAUUCAACAAUCCCCAAAAAUCAGCCAAGAAACAUCAUCAAGAAAAACAGCUGUUGCAGAAAAUUACUGAAGGAAAUCCACAGCCCUUAAUUUAUAACCAGAAAAAGGCAAAAUAUGAUAUAAGGAAACUGGGAAUAAGUGGGAUGGACAAACAAACUAAACACAGUGCAAUGGUUGAUCUGCUUGUAGAAUUAGGAGCCAAGCCUCGAAAAAACCGCUGCUAUCACAUCAAAGAAUAUACUAAAAUGAUCAAGGAGAAGAAGAAAGAAGAAGCGAGCAAAGGUUUACCUGAGAACAAUAAAAAGGGCAGAAGUAAAAGAAAACGAGAUAAAGAUGAUAUACUGAAGGAUCUUGAUGGUCAAACAGGAUUUUUCAAAGGUGGAGUUCAGUUUGUAAAACGUUUUAAAUCCUGACAAUUUUUUUUCAAUUAAAAUUAAAUGAACUAUAAUGUUUAAUAAAGAUGUGAAACAAAAAAAAAAAAA